AUGAAAUCCGCUCAUUCGCCGCUUGCCUCUUCAGAGCUGGAGCGGAAGAUGGCACGCGUCCGCCGCUACGAGGAGCUCCAGUGGAUCUGGGAGCAGUGGAGGGACGUGUCGGGGAAGAAGAUGAGGGGGAUGUACAAGGAGUUCGUCCGCCUCAACAACGAGGCCGCCAAGGCCAACGGGUUCUCGGACAUGGGAGCAUACUGGCGUCGACCAUACGAGUCGGAGACGUUCGAGGAGGAAGUGGCAGAACUGUGGGAGACUGUCCGGCCGUUGUACGAACAGCUGCACGCCUAUGUCCGACGGAAGCUGCGGGAGAAGUACGGAGAGGACAAGGUCUCGGCCGAUGGACCCAUCCCCGCUCAUCUGCUCGGAAACAUGUGGGCCCAAAAUUGGAGCAACCUUCAGCGGCCCCUCCGACCCUUCAAGAAGAAGCCGGCCCUGGAUCUCACACCUGCACUCCAAGAACAGAAUUACACGGCGGAGAGGAUGUUCCGGACGGCCGAGGAGUUCUUCACGUCCCUGGGGCUGAGCCCGAUGCCCGAAACGUUCUGGAACCAUUCGAUCAUCGAGAAGCCCGCGGAUCGGCAGAUAAUCUGCCACGCGUCCGCCUGGGACUUCUGCGACGCCAAGGACUUCAGGAUCAAGCAAUGCACGGACGUGACGAUGCAAGACUUCGUGACCGUCCACCACGAGAUGGGGCACGUCCAGUACUUCAUCCAGUACAAGGACCUCCACAUCGCCUUCCGGGAGGGAGCCAACCCUGGUUUCCACGAGGCGGUCGGGGACGUGCUGGCUCUGUCGGUGGCGACCCCGAAGCACAUGGCCAAGAUUGGGCUCCUGCCGGAAUCUGCACAGGAGAAUGACACGGAAGCGGACCUGAACUUCCUCAUGUCUCAGGCCUUGUCCAAGGUGGCCUUUCUCCCUUUCGGAUACCUCAUCGAUGUGUGGAGGUGGAAUGUCUUCCGGGGCAAUAUCUCCUCCAACCACUACAACUGCGAGUGGUGGAAUCUCAGGACGCAGGUGCAGGGAGUGAAGCCUCCUAACAUCCGAAGCGAAGGGGAUUUCGAUCCUGGAGCCAAGUAUCACAUCCCUGCCAAUGUCCCUUACAUCAGGUAUUUCGUGAGUUUCAUCAUCCAGUUUCAAUUCCACCGAGCCCUGUGCGCAGCAGCAGGGGAAUACGAUCCGAAGAAUCCCGGGGAAAAGCCCCUCCACCGAUGCGAUAUCUAUCAGAGCAAGGAAGCCGGAAAUCUUCUCAAGUCAGUGCUGUCUUCUGCAUCCCUGUUGACAAAUGUACUAAAGGUCGAUGGAUGUGACCACAGGGCAAUGCUGAGGCUGGGUGCAUCGAGGCCGUGGGGAGAAGCGAUGGCUGCCAUCACGGGGGGGAACCCCAAAAUGGAUGCAUCCGCCCUCAGGGAGUAUUUCCAGCCGCUGGAGGACUGGCUCACGGAAGACAACAAGAAACACGACGUCUUUAUCGGGUGGAAGCCGGAGGGAGUGUAUUGUGUAAUGGAGGAACCGGAUCGGAAGGGCUGGGGCCGCCAUGAGGAGGACGCGUCUGGUGCGACCCAUGGAAGUGUCGGAGGGCUCGUCCUUGUCUCUUCGCUGGCUUUUCUCGCUUCUCGAGUGACAAACUGA